CAAUAAUACCAGCAGGGAUAAAGAGUGGUAGUGAGCUGCAGUCCAGCUGCGCACACACACACACACACACACACCAUAGCCAUUUUCCUGUUGCCUCCGCGCUCCGCCACGUUGGUUCCCCUACGUGUGUGUGUCGCAUUCUCCUGCGCACCACCAACGUUAUGUUUGUGAUGAGGCGGGAAAUGGCGUCCGCAGACAUGGUUGAUCAGUGACUAGCCACCGAGCGACAGACCGCGGGCAGCAACAACCACGGCCCGACCUCUACCGGAGGCCGCCACGGUCGCGGCUGAGAGCUGACAACGCUGCGGCACCUUUUGAAGAGCUCCCUGUGUCAUCAAUUUUUCUAUGUGACGUCGGAGCAUGAUGAGGCUGAGAGUGCGUAAAGCUCCUCAGCAGCCAAACCCAGGCCGUCGAACCCACCCAUCCCAGGCCAAAAGGAAACACUGUGAAGUGGAGCCAUCCCCGGUGAGAGGUCGUGGCAAAAUGCAGAAGAAUGAAACAGGCCUGUUCUCCACUAUAAAGAAAUUCAUCCGUGGCAAUGCAGUCAAGGUGGAGCAGGAUAUCCCUGCCAAGAGAAGUCGUAUUGAUUGUAACUCUGAAAGCGAUCUAAUUACUUCGUCACCACAGACUAGAGGCCUUCCGAACAAAGCAGUCCCCAGAGUUUGCCGUAAAAGCCCAAAUAAAGACACAAUGACCUGCAACAGUAAACCCUUGAAACCAAAUGGUAAACUAGAGGCCCCUGUUGAGGCAGCAAGCAGCCCACCACGCACCACCCUGCUUGGAACCAUCUUCUCUCCAGUCUUCAACUUUUUCUCACCAGCAACUAAAACUGCCACUCCUGGUUCAGACUCUCCUGGCCAAGCGGUGGAGGCAGAGGAGAUCAUGAAACAGCUGGACAUUGAGCAGGCAGAGGAAAUGCCAAGCAGCACUCUCACAUCCACAGAGGGCAUCACUCCAUGUCACACUGCUCCGAUGUUACCACAGAGGCUUCAGAUUACCUCUGAUACAUCCAUAGAAGAAGGGGAAAUCGUCACUGAAACUGACAUGCCACCAUUAACAGCUCCUGGUUGUAUGCCUGAUGGUGGUUACACACACACGUUACCUCCAGCGCCUGCAGAAACCUCAUAUGAUGAGGACUGGGAAGUUUUUGAUCCGUACUUCUUCAUCAAGCACGUGCCUCCCCUGACAGAAGAGCAGUUAACACGCAAACCGGCGUUACCUUUGAAAACCCGCAGCACACCAGAGUUUUCUCUCGUCUUGGAUCUGGACGAAACUCUGGUCCACUGUAGUUUGAAUGAACUCGAAGAUGCAGCCCUGACAUUCCCUGUGCUCUUUCAAGAUGUAAUAUACCAGGUGUAUGUUCGGUUAAGGCCCUUUUUCCGUGAGUUUCUUGAGCGCAUGUCUCAAAUGUACGAGAUUAUUCUCUUCACGGCCUCAAAGAAAGUCUACGCUGACAAGUUGCUCAACAUCCUGGAUCCGAAAAAACAGUUGGUCAGGCAUAGGCUAUUUCGUGAGCACUGUGUGUGUGUUCAAGGAAAUUAUAUUAAAGACCUUAACAUUCUCGGACGAGAUCUUUCGAAGACGAUAAUAAUCGACAACUCACCCCAAGCCUUUGCUUAUCAGCUUUCCAAUGGGAUCCCUAUUGAGAGCUGGUUUGUGGAUAGAAAUGACAAUGAGCUUCUAAAGCUUGUUCCUUUCCUGGAGAAGCUUGUGGAGCUGAAUGAAGAUGUCAGACCACACAUCCGUCAACAGUUUCGCUUGCACGACCUCCUUCCUCCAGACUGAAGACCCCGUCCUCGUCUCUCAGUUUAAGAUGGUAUCAUUAUUGGAAAAAAAAAACUGACCCUGAUGGAAAUAUUCAAUGGAUUUUCUCUUUGCAAACAAAACAUUGCCAUUAUUAUUAUUAUUAAUAUAAUUUUUUAAAUCAUGCAAAAAAUUGAAAGCUGUGUUUGGGUUAAAAAGCCCUGGAUGUUUUUCUACCCACACACUCAAACCAGACUCUUUGAAGACGGCCUCCUGGAAGGUUUUUUUGUCUUUUUAAAGAACCAUUUUGGAUUGACAAAACUGAAUGUCAUGCAGUGUUGGAUUUUAUGGACCUUGGUGGCUUCAGCCUGACCUUGACCGGCCAGUCAAACCUGUAUAAUAUUCGAUCUAUUACCUUGUAAAUAUAUGUACAUAUUUUAUUUUUUUUUCUUCAAGGUUUUUAAGUCAUUUUAUUUUCACUUCAGAUUUUAGUAUGUAUUCUUUGAUUCGGUUGCUUUUUAUAAACCAACAAAAUGUUAGUGUGUUUUUGUUUUUGAGUUGUUGAUAAACAGCUGCUUUUCUGUUGUAUGCCUGCAUUAUUCCUGUGAUGCUUUACUCCAUUACAUGCAGUUGUCUGUAAUAAGGUGCAGUUUAAAAAAAAAAGAAAAAAAGAAUCUUUGGGAGGAAAAUGUUUCUGAAACAAUAUUUUAAAGUUAUGUAAUGUACGCUAGAAUAGAGUCUCAACCGAAUACAAAGCCAUAGUGGCUGAAUUCUAAUUUUGGAGAUUUGUAUUUGAGAGUCCAUUUCUGAUCUCGACACCUCAGUCGUCCUCUUUAAUGAGGCGUGAGUGGGGGUGGGGGGUUCAGGCAUCUUGCACUUUGACAUCCAGCCCUUUGUAAGUUGAUGUAAAAUGUCACUUUUCUACACAGGUGUGUCCCACCUCGAUUUGUUAUGUGAGGGGAAGAAAAAAAUGAAAUCGUAGCACCAGCAAAUUGCCAACAUGUUUGCUUUGAAAUCUUGUUUUCCAAGACGUCUUGUAUGUGGGAUCUUAAUGAUGUAGGAGUCACAAGUUUUAUUGACUAUUGAAUGAUCACUCCUGUUGUAUUCAGUGUUACUUAAUGGUUUCCUUGAAAAUAAAUACAUUUUUAUACGAA